AUGUCGCAGCCGGCAGAGCCACAGUUGAUAGAGCUGGCAGAAUGGGCACGGCCCUGGCUCUCUGGUAUUUUGCCCACCCGAAUGGUAGAACAAAUCCCAGCUGGAAGUCCACAGCCACAAUCUCAGGAUUCCUCUCUUUGCCCGCCAAAUGAUUCUCUGAGCUUAAUAAGCUCACCAUCGUUGGCUUCCACGAACCCAGAUGACACCAUGCGUAUCACCAAGCUCCCAGAUAUACACCUUGUUGUCACGCUUGGCAGGGAACGGACCGUCAGUAGGGCACUGAGAGGCGUUCAUCUAUUUAUGAUCACAGUCAACGCAACUCUCGGUACAGGCCUCUACUGGCGUGGGGGUCAGAUUCUUGAACUUGGUGGACCGUUGGCGGUGGUUCUAUCUUUUCUCUUCAUCGGAGUGUUAACAUGGGGUGUCAUGCAAUGUAUCACUGAAAUGCUCUGCAUUUGGCCAAUACCUGGUGCAUUGUCAGUAUAUGUUAGCCAGUUUGUCGACGAAGAACUAGGGAUCGCGGUCGGUAUUACAUAUUGGUUUGUGUAUUCGAUGUCUUUCUCCACACUGGUGGCAACCUCCGCUGCGGAGUUCAGCUUUUGGGAUUACUUUAAUGAUAGUCCGGUUAUACAAGGCUGCAUUAUAUAUUUUGGGAUCCCACUGAUGCUCGUUAUCUUCAACGCCAUAAGAAUUGAGAUCUAUGGUUGGUUGGAAGUGGCAACAGGCAGUAUCAAGAUACUAUUUCUUGGUGUUAUCAUCGUGACACUAAUUGCAAUCAACCUUGGAGAUUGGGCUUUUCCUACCGAAUUUGAUACACGGGCGGCCAAUAACUGGGGCACUGCUUUACUCAUGAGCAUUUCGAUAGCAACCUUUGCCUACACCGGAGUUGAAGUUGUUGCUGCCUCCGCCCUGGAGGCAAAAUGGCCACAGCCCACAGACGAAACGUCGAAAAUCCGGUCUAACGACGCCUAUAUCGGGAAAUCAUUCAAGUUUUCCGCUAGAUUUAUUCCUUUACUUGCGAUGGUCGCCUAUACCACCAGUGGGUUGGUCGCAACAUUUGAUAUAGAGCGGACUAGUUGCGAUCUCCCUCGGCUCAGUUGGCUUUCAUUAGAUCCUAGCUGUGCUGGACCUUCGAACAGUGCUGCAUUCGUUGCCAUUGCCAAAAUUUCCAAUAUUCCGCACAUGGCAGACGUGUUCAAUGCAUUCCUCGUGUUCACGUGCCUCUCUUGUGCUGCUACCAAUCUAUAUGUCGCCUCUCGAACCUUGUUUGGUUUAACAAGUCGUCUGGAUGUAGGAAAAGGCCAAAGGUGGUAUCUGUAUGUGUUGGCGUGGUUUGGCAAAACGGAUAGACGACAGGUUCCCCUGCGAGCUAUGAUAUUCUCCGCGGUUGCGUUCUGGUGGGUGCCAUUUCUGCAACUGAUCCGCGCAAAUAACAAAACCCAAUCCUCUGAAAAAACAACUGAGUCAACCUUGAAGGGAAGCCGAGCCUCCGUGGAUAUGUUUGUGGAGGUAUUGAGCCAAAUGGCAUACUCUGCGGUUUUAAUCGUCUGGGCGUGCGAGUGUCUGGCGUUUAUUCGCUACUACCAUUGUAUUUCUCAACAUCGUCAUUACCUCGAACGCGACAAGGUCCCCCACGUCCAGCGCUGGAGCGAGGAGAAUCAUGAUGAGUAUCCAUACCGCAGUCAUAGACAGCCAUUUACAGCAUAUCUAUCCUUGUUGGGCUGUAUCUUUGUCUCAUUAGUCGCAAACGGGGCUGCAUUGUGGAAUGGGUUCCAUCUUUUACCAUUCCUCGCAUCGUACCUGACGGUCAUUGUUUUCGUGGGUCUAUGGGUAUUAUUGAAGAUUAUGCGGGGUGCGAAGUGGUCCUUGGUUGAUCUCUCACAUCCUGGCCAAGUCAUCAAGAUAUUCAAGCAUCUGAAUGAUAUCCGCCUGGGUGUGACCCAGUCCUAA